AUGCCAGCACAACUAUUGGCGCGCGAGGCGCAUAUAUAUAUAUAUAUUUGCCGCCGCGGCAUCUUCGCUUUACCGGCCGCAGUCUCCCUCGCCGCCGCCGCCCUGCGUCGGUUCCGCGUGAGGCCGCUCAGUAGCCGCCGGGCGCUCCUCCGGGAUCUGCAUGUUGUCAAGCUCGUUCAGAAAUUUCUCGGACGGCGGGGCGGGGUUGCCGUCGCCGCCCAUCGGCACGGGCCCCUGCCCCAUCAUCAUCAUCAUCUGCUGCCACUGCUGCUGCUGCUGCUGCCACAGCUGCUG